AUGUCGGGGCAGAAGGUCCUUACUCUCCUGCUGUUGCUGGCCGGCUUCGUCUCCCCCGGCGGCCCCAGCAGUGCCCGCAGCUGCGGCAGCGCGGCCGAGGAGCUCUGCAACUUCAUCUGCGACUGCGGCAACUGCUCCGACGAGAACCAGUGCGGGUACCUGCAGGGCUCAGCGGUGCUGGGGACCUCCUUUACCUGUGACUUCGAGGACGGUGCCUGUGGCUGGCAGGAUGUGAGCACUUCAGUGUACAGAUGGGUGCGGAACCACGCCAGCCUGGCUGCGUGGGGCACGGGGCCCCACUCGGAUCACACCCUGGGCACCGACCUGGGGUGGUUCAUGCUGACUGUGUCCCCCCCGGCAAAGACUACAGCCACUGCCUGGCUCAGGUCACCUGUGAUGCAGGAAGCAGCCGUCACGUGUGAGAUCAGGGCCUGGUACCACAUCUCAGGCAACGUGCUCAACCAGACAGAGUGGCCAGUGCUGCGCCUGGCCAUGGCACACAGGGAUGAGGUGGUGGAGCUGUGGCAGAGCCCUGGGCAUGGAGGCGAGGGCUGGCACCAGCUGGUUGCGUACCCAGGCCGAGUGACGGGGGAGUUCCAGCUCAUCUUCUCUCUGACACAACCACCCAUGUGUGGGGCACAGCUGGCACUUGAUGACAUAAUCUUCAGGAACUGUGGCUUGCAAGAGCUGGGGCAGCAGGUCUGUGGGGCGGAGGAGAGCACCUGCAGCCGCGGCUCCUGCCUGGCACAGCACCGCUUCUGUGACGGCACCGAUGACUGCGGGGACGGCUCGGAUGAGGAUCCAAUGCAAUGCACAUCCUUCAAGCUCUGCUCCUUCGAGCAGAACCUUUGCAGCUGGGAGGCAGAGCCCGGGCAGUCAGCGUGGGAGAGGAACAUGAGCCUGAACCUGGACACUGUGCAUGGCUUCCCCAGCCGGGACCACAGCAGUAACAGCAGGGCAGGGUUUUUCCUCCACGUGGGCAGCGCCGGUGGCACGGCCCGGCUCAGCAGUGCCACUCUCCAGGCCACCAACUCCUGCUCUCUCGUGCUGUACUGUCACCUCCAUGGCUCAGCCACCAGCAGCCUCAGCAUCUCCUAUGUGACCAACUUCACCAAGCACCUGGUGAAGGAGAGGACAGGAGACCUGGGCAGCCUCUGGGUCCGGGAGAGAGUGGACUUCAACGUGAUGGGCAGCUUCAAGGUGCUGAUCGAGGGAGUGGCUGGCAGCUCAGGGACCGUGGCUAUUGAUGACCUGAUCCUGUCCCCGGGCUGUGUGCAGGAGCCAGGUGAGCCUGAGGGUCUUUCUCCAUCAGAGCAGCCCUCGACGGCGCUGCCGAGCCUGGGGGGAGCCGGGCCCUGCGCGGCCGCGGAGCUGGCGUGUGACAGCGGCGAGUGCAUCGCGGCGGAGCUGGGCUGCGACUUCGCCGCGACCUGCGCCGACGGCUCGGACGAGACGCGCUGCGGAGCAACCACCUUCGAGGAGGGGCCCGGGGGCUGGCACGAUGUCAGCGUGGGGCAGCUGCGCUGGGGGCUGCAGAGCGUCACCGAGCCCCAGCCCGCCAGCACUGUUCUCUCAGGGGUUUUCCUGGCCGUCCAGGCAGGAGAAGGACAAAUGGUGGCUGCUGCCAAGGCCCGCACACCUCUGCUGGGCCCCUCUGGCCCUGCUUGUGCCAUGGAGAUGAGCUAUCACAUCCACAGCAGCCCCCAAGGCUUCCUCGCUGUCAGCAUCGUAGAUCACACCACUGGCACCUCCUAUGUGGCCUGGCACACUGAGGGACAGGGCAGCACAGCCGAGGGACACAUCCACGUCCUGCUGGGAGAGAGGAGCCGACCCUUCCAGGUUGAGCUGCUGGCAUUGGUGGAUCUGCAGAACAUGGCAAGCGCUGCUGUGGAUAACGUGACAUUUGUGCAGUGCCACCCUGACAUGGUGCCACCAACGGCCACGGAACUGUCCUGCAACUUUGAGAAGGGUAUGUGUGGCUGGUACCAGGAUCAGUCCAGUGACUUCAAAUGGGUUCGUGGCACAGGGCAGGGACAGGGCUCUGACCACACCACAGGCUCAGGCUACUUCCUGGUCGCGGAUCCCUCUGCUCUGUGGAGCCGCGGGCAGCGGGCGCUGCUCAUCACCUACCUGCAGGAGCCUGCUGCCACCGAGCGCUGCCUGUCCUUCUGGUACCGCCUGGCUGGCGCGCAGAUCGGCACCCUGAACCUCAAGCUGCGGCUGGAGGGAGCAGAGGAGACAGUGCUCUGGACCCAGCGGGGCACCCAGGGCAGUGUCUGGCACCGGGGACGGGCCACACUGCCCGCUACGGGCCAGCGUCGGUACUGGGUGGCAUUCGAAGCCCUGCGGGAUGGGUUCCUUGGGGACAUGGCGCUGGAUGACCUGACGCUGACAGCGGGACCCUGCGGGGCUGAGCUCUCCUGCUCCUUUGAGGCAGAUGCCUGCGGGCUGGUGGGCAGCGGGUGGCAGGGGUGGUUGCGGCAGAGCAACGGCACCGGCACUGCUGCCGGGCCCCCAGCCGACCACACCACCGGCACUGCAGCAGGCCAUUACCUGGUGGUGAGCACGGGCAGGGACUCCCUGCCCACAGGGCACGUGGCUGCCCUCACCUCCCAGCCCUAUCAGCCCUCAGCGCCUGCCCAGUGCCUGGCCUUCUGGUACCAGCUGAGCACCAGCACUCCAGGCUCCCUCAGGGUGUUUGUGGAGCAGAGUGGGGUGCAGAGGAGGGUGCUGUCUGUGAGCAGUAUGGAAGGGGAUGCCUGGCACCGAGGCCACGCCACUGUGGAGGCAGAUGGGGACUGGCAGGUGAUUUUUGAGGCGGUGGGAGCUGGGGGUGACCGUGGGUACAUUGCGCUGGAUGACCUGCAUGUGUCGGAUGGAGCCUGCCCCGAGCCAGCAUCCUGUGACUUUGAGCAGGACAUGUGUGGCUGGAGCAGCCCCACGGACCCCCGCCUGCACAGCUUUGCCUGGGGCUGGAAGAGUGGGGUCCCCCUCACCAAGUACCCCGGCCCCGAGCAGGAUCACACCCUGGGCACAAAGAAUGGUCACUAUGUGCACUUCGACACCAGUGUGCUGGGCCCGGGGGGCACCACAGCCCUGUUGGAGAGCCAGUAUCUGCCUGCUGCUGCCGACUCCUGCCUGCAGUUCUGGUACCACAUGGACAUCCCAGAGCACCUCUCCUGCGGGGAGCUGCGGGUGGUGCUGCAGAGUGCGGCGGGGCAGCGCACGCUGUGGAGUGCAGCAGGGCACCGGGGCCGGGGCUGGCAGAGUGGUGCAGUGCCGGUGCAGAGCCCUGGCGCCUUCCAGAUCAUCUUUGAGGUGACCACACGGAGGUGGCCAAUGGAGGGGACGGUGGCACUGGAUGACAUCGCUUACAGCGCCGGGGCGAGCUGCCAUUCCAGCCCAGAGCUGCCAGGGCAAGAGCGCUCCCCCGGCAGCUUUGUGGCAGAGACCGUGGUCGGUGUCCUCUUGGCCAUCAUCAUCCUGGCGCUGGCGGCUGCCGGUGGCUGGUGCUGGGUGAAGCGGCGCGGGGUGCCGAGCGCGCCGCCGGCGGAGGGCAGCUCCCCCCAGGGCUUCGACAACAUCACCUUCCGAGACGACAAGGUCAUUAUAGUUCCCAUGCCAAAAGAAAGGGAUGACAAUUGA